AUGUCAAUUGCUGAAAGAAAAAACGCCGUUGCUGCUGCAAAAUUAUGUUACAACUGUUUAAACUAUGGACAUCAAAUUAAAGAUUGUCGCUUGUCGUCAUGCCCAAAAUGCAAUAAACGGCACAAUUCAAAAUUACAUGAGGAUACCCCAUCGAACAAUUUACUGGCUGAAUCAAACUGCGCUGAAAUAGACACGAGUGGGAGUGCACCCAGUUCAGUAUUUUUAGCAGGUGCUACUAAUGGUCAAAACUCUGAUGUCAAAUUCAAUGUCAUGUUGUCAACGUCCAUCAUUAUGGUCCAAGAUCCAGCUGGAAAUUGGCAUAAGUGUAGAGCCAUCCUAGAUUCUGGAUCUCAACUUAAUUUUAUCACUAAUGAGUGUGCAAGGAGAUUAAAGUUACUAUCACAUGGCAACAAACAACAAUUCAUUACUGGUAUCGGCUCCAUAAGUUCAUCAGCUUCAAGUUCAUUCUCAGCAUCUAUUUCUUCACGAUUUUGUGUCCAUGAAGUGACUGCUGUCUUACAUUCAUUAUCUACAAUAGUAAAUGUAUUACCCUCCCAUAGGAUUGAACGGAGCGACAUUAUGUUGCCAAGACACAUUAUGGACGAACUUGCUGAUCCAAAAUUCGAUGAACCAGGCAGUAUUGAUAUAUUGCUUGGGUCAGAAAUAUUUUUCGACAUUUUGGGCACUGAAAAAUGGCCACUUACAGAAACGGCUUCGUUACGCAGCACCGAUUUUGGCUGGAUAGUCGUAGGAAAAAUGCCUAUUAAGUUCAGUCAAGUCAAGCAUAUAUCAAACGCUGUGUCUUCAAGUUCAUCCUUGUCUUUAUUUACCUCAGUAGCUGUACAGAAAACAGCCAAUGAACAAAAGGCAGAAGCGCAUUUUUUAUCAACAGUGGCACGAGACAAAAACGGCAGAUUUGUUGUGAAGCUACCGUUUGCCCAGGAUCCACAAGCAUUAGGCGACUCACGAAACAUGGCCCAAAAGCGAUUCUCAAAUCUAGAAAGACGUUUUGCAAAGGACCCAAGUCUCGCAAACGAAUAUAAGGCAUUCAUGACCGAGUACCUCGAGAUGGAUCAUAUGGAAGUCGCCACCAACACUACCAAUCCAUGUUAUUACUUACCUCAUCACGCUGUGUUGAAGGCGAAUAGCCUAACCACCAAACUUAGAGUAGUAUUUGAUGGAUCAGCUGCAUCAAACUCAGGGUUAUCAUUAAACGACAUUUUGUUAAAGGGACCAAAAUCCCAACCGGAUAUCAUCAACAUAUUAUUGCGGUUCCGUGUCCACAAUAUUGCAAUCACAGCAGAUGUGGAAAAAAUGUACAGGCAGGUGCGAAUGGCAGAUGAAGACUGUGACUUCCAGCGUAUAUGUUAUCGUGCUAAUCCACAUGAUCAGUUGACAGAAUAUAAACUGAAGACUGUAACAUACGGUACCAAAGCCGCCUCAUUUUUAGCUACUCGGUGUCUCACUAAAGUCGCUGAUGAAGUGAAUGAUGCCUCAAUUAGGAGAAUCAUUUCUCAGGACUUUUAUGUGGACGAUCUGAUAAGUGGUGGAGAGUCAAUAGAAGCAGUGCACAAUAUCUACCGCCAGCUGCAUUCUACUCUAAUGCAAUAUGGAUUUCCACUCCGAAAGUGGUGUUCAAGCUCCCGCCAACUUAUUGAUCUCAUACCACAACAACAAAGCGACAGCAAUUUUCUCAUAAACAUGAGCGAGGAUGACACAAUAGGGACAUUGGGUCUUCUAUGGCAACCAGCAUCAGACAAUUUUCUAUUUCUAGUUAAACAAUGGUGUCCAGUAGCCAGAAUGACAAAACGAUCUCUUUUAUCUGACAUCAGUAAGGUGUUUGAUCCAAUUGGUUUGUUGUCUCCCGUGUUAAUCAGAGGAAAAAUUUUCUUGCAGCAAUUGUGGUCAUUAAAAAUCAGCUGGGAUGAUGUGCUCUCUGAAGAUUUACAAAAUCGUUGGACAAAAUUUUAUACUAGUUUGCAGUACUUAAAUCAGGUGAUCGUUCCAAGGAAGGUCAUGAUGUCUCCUUCGUCAAACAUUCAGCUCCAUGCCUUUAGUGAUGCUUCCCAAGAAGCAUUCGGAGCUUGUGUUUAUAUGCGUUCAAUGAAAUCUGAUGGCAGUAUUGACGUUCGAUUAUACACCUCAAAGUCCAGAGUAGCCCCUAUGAAACCAUCAACUAUUCCGAGAUUGGAAUUAUGCGGAGCAUUAUUAGCAGCAGAACUCGCCAAUGACACAUUAGCUGAACUCAAAGCGCUAAAUGUCAAUGUGCCACCAAUCGAUGUAUACUUAUGGUCAGACUCUUCUAUAGUAAUUGCUUGGAUACAGAGCCAGUCUCUAUUUUCGGCUUAUAUAUCAAACAGGCUUGCUCGAAUCCUUGACGUUUCGUCUCCUGACCAGUGGCAUCACGUGCCUACGAAGGAAAACCCAGCAGACUUAAUUUCUCGGGGGAUUGAUGCUGCAUCCAUUUCACAGUCGAAAUUGUGGUGGCAUGGACCCUAUUGGCUGAUGCAAGGAAAAGGCAGGUGGCCUAACAGCUAUCAAACACCAGAUACCCUUCCUGAAGUUCGUGCAGUAAAGCUGGUACUCACAGCAUCAGGUACACCUGCACCUUGGUUGUUAGAGAAAUACUCAAGUUGGUCAACAUUGCUUAGAAUUACAGCUUUAGUACAGCGCUUUAUCAAUAAUUGCAAAUUUUCGCUUUUAAACAAACGCGAUAGACGUACAGUUGGCUUUUUAACCAUCACAGAAAUUGCAGAUGCUGAACGAUUCUGGGUAACUAAUGCUCAAAUCAGCGCAUUUGAUGAUGAGUUGUCUUCUUUAAAGGCAGGUAAACUGGUACGUCGUUGUAGUCCACUAUUCAGACUAAGUCCAUUUAUCGAUGAACAUGGAGUGAUAAGAGUAGGUGGUCGCCUGGUGAACUCGCCCAUAAGUUAUGACUCAAGGCAUCCAAUGGUAUUGCCUUCAAAAAGCAUGGUAACCAAGAUGAUCUUCAAUUAUGAGCAUCGUCGCUUAAUGCAUGCUGGCCCUCAAGCAUUAUUUGCUCAUGUGUCACGAAAGUACUGGCCUCUUAGAGGAAGAGAAACCGCUAGAAAAACAGUCCAUCAUUGUUUACAAUGUUUCCGCACAAAGCCGAUAUUCCUCUCGCCAGUGAUGGCCCCGUUACCACGUGAAAGAGUCACCAUUAGUCGGGCAUUCUCGAAAACAGGAGUGGACUAUUGUGGCCCCAUCAUGGUGAGAAGUGGACUUAGAAGAGUCACACCAAAAAAAAGUUACAUAUGCGUGUUUGUAUGUAUGGUAACAAGAGCAAUACAUUUAGAAUUGGUUUCCUCAUUAACAACAGAAGACUUUCUUGCCACACUCUCCCGUUUCAUGGCUCGGCGAGGACAAAUUUCAGUGCUGUAUAGUGACAAUGGCACAAAUUUUGUUGGUGCUGAUCGAGCAUUACAAUCUCAAUUUAAAGCACAUAAAAAAGACAAAGCUGUAAAUGACUACUUAAGCAUUAACGCCAUCCAGUGGAAAUUCAUACCAGCAGCAGCGCCUCACUUCGGAGGCCUGUGGGAAGCGGCAGUCCAAUCAGCAAAGCGACAUUUAUAUCGAGUAUCAAAGGGAGUGUUAUUAACCUAUGACGAAACCACGACGUUACUUUGCAAGGUAGAGGCCGCAUUAAACUCAAGGCCCUUGACACCUAUGUCGUCAGAUCCUGGUGAUUUAAACGUAUUAACACCUGGGCAUUUCCUGGUCGGUGGCCCUUUAAUGUUGCCUCCUGAACCUGACCACUCGACAGUUCCUCAAAACCGAUUGCGCAGAUUCAAGCUUAUGCAAGCACAAUUUCAAAUAUUUUGGAAGCGAUGGCUGUCAGAGUACCUGCCCCAAUGUCAAAGGAAGGGAAAAUGGCUAAAAAGAACUCGAAGUGCUGUGGUCGGCGACAUUGCAAUAUUAAAAAACGAAUUGUUACCACCGUUACAAUGGCCUCUGGUCCGGAUAACAGAGAUUCAUCCAGGGCGAGACGGUAUUGUUAGAGCAGUCACUGUGCGCAACUCUGCGGGUCAAUUAUUCAGCCGUCCAGUGGUGAAGCUGGCAUUUCUACCAAUACCUGAAGAUGAGAAUCAGGAUACAGCUGUCUAG